CAGAAAGCAAUCAUCUCAACGCCCACCGACCUUCUCCUUUGCCCAAUCCCAAUCUUUGGACGCCUCUCAAUCCAAGUAUCACGACAUAGUAUCUCCUCACCCGCCACGGCGUGCUAUCCCAAGCUCUUGUGAAGCUAAGCUUUCACCCGAUCAACAGCCUCCCCUCCGUCUCGAAGUCCCAAGUGAGUUAGUUGUUCAUCAUUCCAAUUCCCGGCAGAUCAAUCGUCCCAGUACUUGUACCUUCCCGGAACCAGAAAGGCCCAGAAACCCACCACGAUCCGGUCCUGGACCUGCGAUAGUCACUCCCUCACCAAUUGCCUGUGCUAGCUGUCUUCAAACCAGAUCAACACCCUUUCCUGCCUUCGCCGUGUUCAUAGCUUGUGCUAACGUGGUACGUGGUGUUUGGUAGGACCAUACCAGACUAGCAAUCCAGUAAUCUCUCCCAGCGCCUAGCGACGGCGUCACAUACCCUAUAUUUCUCUCUUAUCUGCGGCAUACUCGAGCGCGAGACCCCCUGAAACCCAUUGCCUAUACGAGACAUUGCCUGUGCAAACGCAGCGUAUCCUCAAGAUUCCGGCUUCGACUACCGCCAAACUGUCUUCCCCAAUUCUCCUGCGUCGAACCGUCUCCUACGACGCGAGCUCUAAGCCUCCUCGGUCGAGUGGCCAGCAUAGUGCGAUGAGCGAGCAUAAGACCGGGAGGCGAAGGCGGUCGAGUAGCUUGCUCUACCAAGAGCCGCCGGAGACGAUUGAGCAUAUGAGUGAUCAGGCCGCACUACCAAAUUUGAAUGCUGACUGGGUCAACGCAAAAGGUUAGCGCUUUCCUGAGGAGAUGGUGGGAUUGAGACGUUGAAAUAUCUCGGUAUUAUCCUUGAAUUUUAAAUCAUUUACAAAAUGCGGGGCAUUAUUUGAUUCAACAGUGCUAACAGUUCUGGUGCUUCAAGGUGCAUGGACGAUACAUGUAGUGUUAAUUGCGUGCCUCAAAGUUCUUUUUGACAUAAUUCCCGGAGUUUCACAAGAGACGUCGUGGACCCUGACGAACAUAUCUUACAUGUUCGGCUCAUUCCUCAUGUUUCAUUGGGUUCGGGGAGUACCUUUUGAAUUCAACGCAGGCGCAUACGAUAAUCUGAACAUGUGGGAGCAAAUCGACAAUGGAGCUCAAUAUACGCCAGCGAAGAAAUUUUUGCUCAGUGUGCCUAUUGUUCUAUUUUUGUUGAGUACCCACUAUACUCACUACGACUUGACCUACUUUACCAUCAAUUUUUUGGCUGUGUUGGGAGUGGUCAUACCGAAGCUACCAUACGUAAGCGCCCCACCGAGGCAUCAUCUAGUAAGCAAAACUAACUGAUUCUCAGAGUCAUCGAACCCGCGUAGGAUUAUUUUCUGGUGCUCCAGAGGACAGAUAGAAGGAGAGUUGCAUGGCGUUUGUACGAUAUUUUGAGUUUACCCCGUUGGUGUGGCCGACAAAAUACACAAUUGGCAGCGAAUGCAUAAAAGGGUGUAUUUAAACAGGAAAAGAGUUAUCAACUUUUGGCUACAUGGAACAUACCAAUUUCACAAGAAUGAUAACAUUUGUUUCUCUAUUUUGUGAUAUGAGGACACCCAGGUGUAUUUGCCGAUGGUUGUGAGCUAGGUAAAAUGUAUGAUGCAAAUACUCAUUUUUUUUAUUAGCAUUUUGAUACAACGCUAACUAUCCCGUAGUUUUUGUGAUGUCAAGUCUUUCGCGUUAAGUCUUUCGCGUUAGUGAGUGGAUCCUCAUGAGAGGUUUCCUUAUCUAAUUCACAUCCCCCCACAAAAAAGAAAAACCGUGAGUGAGCUGAGAAGGCUAGCUUUGAUAGCCUCAUCAUACAUCGCAUCAUUCAUCGAUGAGCAAUGAUUCUACCAUAUUUGAGAAUGAAGCGUUUUUGGACUAAGUGCUA